CUCUAGAACCUCCACACACAAACUUUGAUUUCAAACGCACACACACUCUUCAACUUCACUGUCUACCUCCUUAUAUUGAAACCAAACCCCACUCUUCUCUCUUUACCCUUACUUUCUCUCGCCUAGGGUUUUCUCCACCAUUGACCCCACACUCCAACGCAUAGCCUCGCCCAAUUUUUAUGGAUGUUAAAGAUAUAGCAUAAUUUUGGCCUUAGAUUCAUCUUACCUGCUAAGUGACGGGAAGCUGUAGAACUAUAGAGAGGACAGUUUGAAGGUAAAAUCUUAAAGCAGCAAAUCAUCAUGAAUAAAUCAGAGGGGACUCGGCAGCGGCAACAGCAACAACAGCAGCAGCAUGUGAUGGGAGUUGCUGCAGGUGCUAACCAAAUGACCUAUUCUCACUACCAGACUGCUCCCGUAGUGGCUGCUGGCACACCUGCUGUAGCUGUUCCUUCCCCAACACAGGCUCCUGCUGCCUUCUCUAGUUCUGCACACCAGCUUGCUUACCAGCAAGCUCAACAUUUCCACCAUCAACAACUGCAGCACCAACAGCAGCAGCUGCAAAUGUUCUGGUCUAAUCAAAUGCAAGAAAUCGAGCAAACCAUUGACUUUAAAAAUCACAGUCUUCCUCUUGCUCGAAUUAAAAAGAUAAUGAAAGCUGAUGAAGAUGUCCGAAUGAUUUCAGCAGAAGCUCCAGUCAUAUUUGCAAAAGCAUGUGAAAUGUUCAUAUUAGAGUUGACAUUACGUUCUUGGAUUCACACAGAAGAGAACAAGAGGAGAACCUUACAAAAGAAUGAUAUAGCAGCUGCUAUUUCAAGAAACGAUGUUUUUGAUUUCUUGGUUGAUAUUAUUCCAAGAGACGAGUUGAAAGAGGAAGGACUUGGAAUAACCAAGGCCUCUAUUCCAUUAGUGGGUUCUCCUGCUGAUAUGCCCUAUUACUAUGUACCUCCACAGCACCCUGUGGGACCUCCUGGGAUGAUAAUGGGAAAGCCAGUUGAUCAAGCAGCGCUAUAUCCUACACAGCAGCCUCGACCUACCAUGGCUUUCAUGCCAUGGCCCCAUACACAACCUCAGCCACAGCAACCACCCCAACAACAACAAACAGAUUCAUGAUGAUUAUGUGCAUUCAAUUAGGUUUGGGAAGUAGCAUGCAUCUUUUGAUUACAAAUUUACUUGAUGCCUUUCGGCAGUAGUUUAGGGUUAUGUAUUGAAGAAAGCCACAGAUUGUUUGAGGAAUUUUGCACUCAUUUGUGAUUGUAUGAACUCUCUUAAAGAUUAGUGUGAUAGUUGAUUUAGUUUGCAGCUGUCCAUAACUAGUCUUAGGUGCUUAAUUAGGGAGUCAAAUGCUAAAAAAUAGUUUUUGUAAUGUUAUAGCAGAAAGUAGGUCUAAUUCAGUAUUCCAUUUCAUUCCAAUGGCUGAAUUAUAUAUGCUCGUCUGCUUUUUUCUUGUCACUUGUAUUACGUGUUAAAAGACAAAUGAGCGCGGCUCUAGUGCUUUAACCUUUGGCUGGAUAUGAAGUUUUACAAAUUCUAAUGUUUUCAACUACAUUGUAGUCAUCUUAAA